AUGGCUUCCAUUCUUGACAAGAUCGCAAAAUUGGCCAUUCCGAUUGGCGCGGCUGCUACCAUGGUUCAAUAUAGCAUGUUUGACGUGAUUGAUCAAUUACCGCACAUUUAUCAAACUUUGGGAGAGGAUUAUGAUGAAAGAGUUUUGCCGUCAAUUGGCAACGAAGUAUUAAAAUCCGUGGUUGCACAAUUCGAUGCUGGAGAAUUGAUUACUCAACGUGAAGUGGUGUCUUCAAAAAUAAGAGAAGACCUUGUGAAAAGAGCUCACGAAUUUAAUAUCGAAUUGGAAGACACCCAUAUGACCUUCGGCAAGGAAUUUACAAACGCCGUCGAGCAGAAGCAAAUUGCUCAGCAAGAGGCGGAGCGAGCAAAAUUCAUUGUGGAGAAGGCCGAGCAAGAGAAGCAAGCUUCAAUCAUCAGAGCUGAAGGCGAAGCUGAAGCCGCGGAUAGAAUAUCCAAAGCACUUGACAAAGCCGGCGAAGGUCUUGUAUUGCUGCGUCGCAUAGAAGCAUCAAAGGAGAUCGUCGGAACAUUGUCGAAUUCACGUAACGUGACAUACUUGCCCGGUGGUGGACAACAAGGAGGUUCCAACUUAUUACUGAAUCUUGGGGUGUGA